GCUCAGGCUCCUUGUUGCCAAGUCUCUCCAUCCCCUCGUCUCUCCUCUGUGCUUAGGUCACCUAACUUUCCCUCUCUUCCUUAUAUUUCCCUGGAAACAGAGCAUCAACACUCAUACAUUCUCCUGGCUCCAGAAAAGGUUUGAGAUCUCUCUUGGUGCGUUAUUAUUUUAGCUGUAAACAAAGAGAGAGAUUAAAAAGGGAAGGAGACAACAGGAGAAGAAAGUAUGGGGAAUUGCCAGGCGGCGGAGGCGGCGACGGUGGUGAUCGAACACCCGAGCGGAAGGGUGGAGAGGGUCUACUGGUCUCUCAGCGCCAGCCAAGUCAUGGCCGCCAACCCCGGCCACUACGUCGCCGUUAUCAUCACCUCCACCUCCAACUCUGACAGCCAUGACAGCAGCAGCAGCAGGAAUACGCCGGUGAAGCAUCUUAAGCUGCUCCGCCCGGACGACACCCUCCACAUCGGACACGUCUACCGCCUCGUUAGCUUCGAAGAGGUGCUGCGAGAGUUUGCGUCCAAGAGGCACGUGAAGCACAGCCGGUUGCUCGCCAAGCAGAAAGACAAACCCAGCUCGAAAAAAGCCGGCCGCGGCGGAGGAGGAGAACCACGGCGAGGUGGUGGUGGUGGUCCCGCGGCGGAGCCCGAGAGCUCGCGGGAGAUGCCUCAGGCGGUGGAGCCGCCGGCGACGACCGAUGCCGAGUUCGAGGAAUUGGUGCGGAGGUUGGCGUGCAAUAGAAGAACCAGCAGUGGGGCUGCAACGCGACACGGGCAGUGGAGGCCAGCCUUGCAAAGCAUUGCAGAGACUGGGAGUUAGAGCUCGCUCACGCCUUUGAUCUCACUAUCUCUCUCUCAAAGUCCAAAAUUAAUAAUAUAAAACUGAAUAAAAUCUCUUUGUUUCUAUUAUGUAUUAAAUAUUGUGAUGACAGAUGUGUUUCUUAGUGUGUGUGGACGUGUCUUGAGUUCAGUCUAUUAGAGCUUUGUGGUGUCGUUUUCUUCAGAGGGAUUAUUGGUUGAGAGGGAAACGAGUCAAGUCCACCCAAUGGGGGCUAUCUUUUUGUGCAAGGGUAUGUUGAGGCU